AUGCGUAGGUCGGCCUCGCCAUCCAAAGCUGUUCGGAGCGCGACGCCUGUUCGCCCUACUGUCAGCGGCGACUCUUCUUCUGUGCUUAGGACGCCCUUCAAACCGCUGAGUGGGCUCGAGGGACGACGCCAGGCAUCUGUGCCGUCGCCGCAGGGCCAUGGAGCGUCGGGUGGCACGGCUGCGUCGUCUGCGGAUCCAACAGCGGCCGCGAUAGCUCGACGCGAAUUGCGCGCACGAACCCUGGCCGACCUGCAGCAAGAAGUGGCCGACAUGGAGCUUAUUCUCAACCAAAGACUGAAAACGCACAACGCAGCCCGUGCAAAAGCAAAGCUACCCGCUCAGGAGGCUGAACACAUUGUCGCCGAGUACAUCUCGCUCCUCACCGAGUACAACAAAGUCAAAGACAGCGCCCAGGUCGUCUUUGAUAAGAUAGCAGACAUCCAACAGCUGCCGGCAAAAGACAUCCAUGCUCGUUACGGCGUUGGCGAGACAAAUUCUCACGGAUGA